UUUUGAAACGCAGACAUCUCAACCCUCCGCUUCUUCGUCCCCAAUGGAAACCCUCUUCUAUUUCUUCCCAAAUUCCCAGAUUUGAAGCACUCAAAAUCAAGCCGCGCAGCUCCCAAAAGGGUUUUUAUAAGAGCUGAGCAUAGCUCACUGUUUGUACGACGCGUCGUUUUGAAUGGCUCGGAUAAGGAAGCAGGGGGUUAAUUUCUCCGGGGAGGGAGGAGUUGAGAGUGUUGAUAGUGAUGUAGUGGGUGAGGAGAGGAGUGAGGGUUUUGAAGAGAGAGAUGGUGCGGCGAAAGUAGGGCCUGUAGAUAUGGAGAUUGAUGAGAAAGGUGGAGGUGAAGAGACAGAGGGUUUGGAGGGGACUCGGGUUGGGGGUAGUGAUGUGAAUGCUGCAAGUGAGGAAGGGCUGGUUUCGGUGUCGAAGGAGAGUUCUAAGGAGGUUGAAGGUUCACUUUUUAGUGAUAAGGAUGGAGGCAGAGAUGAGGUUUUGAGGGAAUGUGUGGAUGGGAGUCAUUCGAUGAGUUUAGAGGUGAAGGCGGAUGUGGUAGAGGAGGGAAAGGAUGAGAAAGAGGAGGAAGUUGCACGAGUAGAUGAGGAAGAGAAGGAAAGAGAACAGGAUGUGGAGCGUAGCCAGGUUGAAGAGAAGAGUGUCCAUGUUUCAAGUUCUGAUGCGGAACACGAGGCGACAGGGUCUGUUGGAGGGAUAGCGCAGGACAUCCCAGCUGUGGAAGUGAAAGUUACCAGUAUCGAUGAGUCUGUGCAUGAUGGAGAGCGGAAUGUAUGCCCUGGUUCACAGAUGGCUACUUGUGGUGGACUAGAAAAUCAGACGUUAGAAGUUAAUGUGGGAGUAAAGACCGGUGAAGAUGAAUUGAUGCCUGAAAAUGUUUCCUCACCAGAGGAUUCUGUGAAAUCUGAAGAUGAGAAUAACUUGGUUGAUAUGGCUAUUGAUUUGGAACCAUAUUCUGGAAGUGAAGGGAAUGAAUCAGAUGACAUGGAUGUUUCUGGUCCCUCAAAACCAGAAUUUCAAGCUUUUGAUCUAGUAUGGGGAAAAGUUAGGAGCCAUCCCUGGUGGCCUGGGCAGAUAUGUAAUCCUUCGGAUUCAUCAGAACAGGCAAAAAAGUAUUUUAAGAAGCGCAGUUAUCUGAUUGCUUAUUUUUGGGAUUGUACAUUUGCUUGGAAUGAAGCACCACAAAUUAAGCCCUUUUGGGAGAACUUUUCACAAAUGGAAAAGCAGAGUAAUAUGGAGGAAUUUCAAAAUGCAGUUGCUUGUGCUCUGGAUGAAGUCUCAAGACGGGUAGAGUUUGGCUUGGCCUGUUCUUGCAUUUCCAAAGAAGUAUAUGCAAAGCUCAAAACACAGACAAUCGUCAAUGCUGGAAUCAAGGAAGAAGCAACUAGAAGAGAUGGUGGUGAUAGUUCUCUCGAUGCUGCUUCUUUUGAUCCCUUGAAACUCAUUAAGUUUGCAAAACAAGCUGCCAAGUUGCCAUUUGGCAGAGCUGACAAGCUAGAACUUGUUACAUCACGGGCCCAAUUAUCAUCUUUCUGUCGUUGGAAGGGUUAUUCUCAGCUGCCAGAGUUCAAUUUUCUUGGUGGAUUGCUGGAGAAUGACGCCGACAUUUCACUAUUGAGAGAAAAGGAGCAAGUUAAUGAACUAACAGGAGAUGCACUUCCAGUUAUUAACGAUGAUGCAUUGGAGAGGAAAUCAAAAGGGAAAAACUCCUCAUUCUAUAAGCGUAAGCACUCUGAAGAUAGUUCCAAACCAAGUAAAAAAGGGCAAAACUCCUCACAUGUCACUGCUGAGAAGGGUUUGUCUACUCCCAUGAGUGGGAAUGGAUCAGAAAGUAAAGCUGGUUGUAAAUUGGUUUCACAAUCCUCCAGUAAGAAACGAAAGGCAAUUGUUGGUGCUAUCUCUGAUGACUCUGCGGUGAAACAAAGUAAAAAUGCUUCGUUAGUGGAUGAUUAUAUUUCUCUACAGAAUAAGCAGACUUUUAAAGUUGGAGAUAGAAUCUGUAGGGUUGCGACCCUGCUAAAUGGGUCAAGUCCAAUAUUUAGGCUUUCCAAUGCAGCACCUGCAGAUGCUGAAGAGGAUGAAGGCAAAGAGAAAUCUACAUCACAGGCACCACAAACUGAAAGGCUGAUUGACAUUGAGGAUCCUUCUCCUGAUGAGAUGCUGUCUCACCUCUGCUUGGCCGCCAUAAGUCCUAAUGAAGGGUACAGCAUGAUGACAUCCUUGAUGGCCUGCUUCUCAAAAUAUAGGAAUACUAUAUGCCUGGAACCUUCUAGUCUAGAUGAGGAUCAAUUGCCUUUGGGACAAAUAUUUGGUAGCAAGCGUGGUAAGAAAUCAACCAAGACUUCGAAAAAAUCAAUUAAACCGUGCAAAUCUGAAAAAUCUGAGUUGGAGCUGGUCAAAGACUUUCCUUCUGAUAAGGUAGUGAAGAGUCAAAAUGAAAAUGGAAAGUUAUUACAUGGAGCUGCAAGCGACAAAGAUACCUGUGUUGUAGUGUCACAAUCAAGUCUGGAUUCUGAAGCACAGAAGCCAGCAUUUGACAAUGAAAAUGGAGAGUUGGUACAUGGAGCUGCUACCAGCGACAAAGAUACCUGUGUUAUGGUGUCACAAUCAAGUCUUUAUUUGGAAGCACAGAAGCCAGCUUGUGACAAUAAAAAUGGAGAGUUGGUGCAUGGAGCUGCUACCAGCGAUAAGGAUAAUUCCACUGUUGAAUCACAAGCAAGUAUUGAGUUAAAUCCCAAUUUGGAUUCUGAACAGAACAUUGCUUGUGGAGAUCUUGAUUCAAAGGCAACCAAUCCAGCUCUGGACGAUGAAAAAGAAGCAUUAGCACGUGAGUCCAUCUCUGUUGUUGAGUUGUCAGCAGAUCCCAAAGUGAAUCCCAAUUUGGAUUUUGAACAGGAAAAUACAGGCGGUGAUACUGGUUCGGAAGCAGCUAAGGUAGCUCUUGACAAUGAAAGUGGAGCGUUGGUUGCUGGAGCUCUAAGUAAUAAAGAUGGUUCCGCUAAGGAAUUGCAAGAAAGUCUUGAGUUUAAUCCCAAUAUGGACUCUGUGCUAAAAUUUCCUGAUGGAGAUCAUGAUUCAGAAGCAGUGAAGCCAGCUCCCCAAAGUGAGAGUUGUGAGGAAGAUUCUCCUGCAGCUUUGAUCUUGAACUUUUCAGACUCGGAGUCUCUUCCCUCGGAAGAAUAUCUGAACAAGAUUUUUAGUGGCUUUGGUCCUUUAAAUGAAUCGCAAACCGAAUUGCUGAAGAAGACUAACCGGGCUAAAGUGGUUUUCAAGCGGCGUUCGGACGCUCAAAAAGCUUUCAGCAGUGCCGGGAAAUACAGUACAUUUGGACCUUCACUUGAAAGUUAUCGGCUCAAGUACCCGCUAUCACCAAGUAAAGCUUCUCCUUCUCCUUCUCCAAAGGUGGCAAAGCAAGGGGAUGAAUCUGUAGAGGGUGAUACAGCUAGGAGACUUUGAUAAGUUGAGAGUUUCACAGGUUGCUAUUAGUUUUUUCUAUAACCAGGUUUACAAGCAAUAGAAAAUGGGUAGUUGCCUUGAUAUUUUUAUGGAAAUUGUUAGGAACAAGAUUAACAAGUAUAUGUACAUUCAUGUAGUUUGUUUCUUAAUCAGCUGAGAGAUGUGAGAGCCAAGAACUCCAUUAUGAUUUAGUCUAGUGCCAUAAUACAGUUCAUUUCUUAACUGGCUGCAAGAGUAGUACUCAGAACUCCAUUUUCAGUUACUCUAGUGCAAUAGGAUGCUUCAAAUUCUUGUGCUUU